AUGAUAAAGGGCAUACGCAAAUCACUCAAGGGCGAUCAUCACAAAACCGAUUCAUACCAAGGCCCCAAAAUAUCCCACAUCUCCAUCACCCCAAAAUCAGCUGUUACAAUACAACCACCAAAAAAGGUCAUUCGAUCGCUAUUUGACUACAACGCCUCCAGCAAUCAAGAGUUAAGCUUUCAGAAGGGAGAUUUUUUCCACUUGGUUGGAAGAGAGUACGACACCGACUGGUACGAAGCCUGCAACCCCGCUACAAACGCCAGAGGUCUUGUGCCCGUGAACUACUUUCAGGUACUCGGGAAGAACGAACGUGACAGUGCCGACUCAAACGCGUCUGGUGCAAGCGACAUUCUAAGAAGAGCAACAGACGCAGAUUCAGGAUACUCGGACCGAUUCAUGGGUACUUCAGAUCGUGUAACGUCGGGGGGGACGGGAGUUGAUGUCAAGAGAAUGACUGGAAGUGGCAAGGGAGGCUCUCCUCUCUACGGUGUUGUGCUGUAUGAUUUUGCAGCAGAGAGAGCGGAUGAGUUGGAGGCAAAAUCAGGAGAAGCCAUCAUUGUGAUCGCACAAUCAGACAAGGACUGGUUCGUCGCGAAGCCCAUCGGUCGUCUCGGGGGUCCAGGCUUGAUUCCGGUGGAUUUCAUCGAGAUCCGAGACAUGGUAACUGGACAGCCCGUUGAGGAUGCCCAAGCUGCAAUUGCACGCGCUGGUGUGCCCAAGGUUGAAGAGUGGAAAAAGAUGGCUGCCGAGUACAAGAACAGCAGUAUCUCACUGGGGAAGUUCGAGUCGGACGAACCAACUCAGAGGCUGCAGCACAUGUCUUUGAGCGAGCCCAAUAGCUAUGGAAAUGGCACCAAUAGCAAUAGAAGUACCAUGCAACAGGGAUACGCCCAGGAACAAUACCGUCAUUCGAGAACACCGUCAUCUCAAGGACAGCCGCAGCUUGUGGCGCCUGUUUCUGGCUCGGUGGACAGCUACUCGUUUGAGAAUGGACGGUACUGGUACGUACUGAACGCGGUCAUGGAGGAUGGGAGACAUUGGAGUCUAUGCCGAUUCUACGAAGAUUUCUAUGACUUCCAGAUCGCUCUACUAGACGAGUUCAAGGAUGAGGCGGGUCACACUGGGCAGCAGCGCAUCCUACCUUACAUGCCCGGCCCGGUUACCUACGUGACAGAUACUAUAUCUGCCGCACGGCGACAGAGUUUGGAUGAUUAUAUCAAGAACCUUCUUGCUAUGCCCUCUUAUAUUUCAAAGUCCGGAUUGGUUAAGCAGCUUUUCGCGCCCAGACCUGGUGACGUCGACACGACUUACAGAGCAUCUCAGCAGUAUGACAACAGACAAUCCACUGGAUCACAGCAAUCUAGUGAUUCCUCCCGUGAGCCAUCACGACAAUCGUCGCAGGCCAAUCUUAACGGUAACGGAUACUCAUCAAUAGCACCUCCGUCGCGUACUUCAGUUGGCCGCAUAGGUACCAAUGUUAUCUCCCAAGCGCAACAAGUUCAGAUUCGUAGUGCGUCCGAUCUCCAGCCCCCCCGGAUGCUACGACAAGACAGCUCUAUGAGUGCGCAGACACAAGGAUCGAAUGCCUCCCAGCCUGGCGGAAUGAUGAAGAUUAAGAUCACUUACAAGGACGAUCUCAUUGCUAUUCGUCUGCCCAAAGAGGUUUCGUUUGCGCAAUUACAGGACAAGCUGCAGGAGCGUUUGAACAUACAAUUGACAGAAAUCGAGUACAAAGACGAACCGACGGGACAGAUGGUUAGUCUUCAGAGCGACCAAGACUUGAGUGUUGCAUUAAGCCGAAACCAGAAGCUCUGGCUGUAUGCUUACAGCUAG